GGCUAGUCCCCAAAUUCUCUAUUAUACAUAUCACCAAAACCAAGAAGAUGUUUUAUUUGUCUAUUGUACAAAUAUAUAUUAUAUAUAGAUGUGAUUUAUUUGGAUAAUUUUCUAUAGUUUUCUAUCACUUGAGACCACACAAAUGGACAUAAUUAUCUCCGGAGAAGCUCUGUUACUGCUCUUUUCCUUUAUGUUAUCAUGUUUUCUUAUCUUCACCACCACAAGAUCUGGACGAAACUCUCACGGGACCUUCGCUCUGCCUCCAGGACCUCCACGGUUACCGAUCAUCGGACAUAUUCACCUCGUCGGAAAACAUCCACAUCGCUCAUUCGCUGCACUCUCGAAAACUUAUGGACCAGUCAUGAGUCUUAAGCUUGGAAGUUUAAAUACAGUGGUUAUAGCUUCACCAGAAGCUGCCAGAGAGGUUUUACGAACACAUGACCAGAUUUUGUCUGGCCGUAGUCCCACUCACGCGAUACGGUCCAUCAAUCACCAAGAUGCUUCCCUUAUCUGGCUUCCUUCGUCGUCUGCUCGUUGGAGGCUGUUUAGAAGGCUGUCGGUGACUCAGCUCUUGUCACCACAGCGUAUCGAAGCCACGAAAGCAUUGAGGGUGAAUAAGGUGAAGGAACUUGUGAGCUUCAUAAGUGAAAGCAGCAAUAGAGAAGAAUCUGUUGAUAUUUCUCGUGUAUCCUUCAUCACAACUCUUAAUAUCAUAUCGAACGUUCUGUUUUCCGUCGAUCUCGGUAGCUACAACGCGAAAGCUUCUAUUAACGGGGUUCAAGACACGGUGAAUAGUGUUAUGGGUGCUGUCGGGAAUCCAGACGCUGCUAAUUACUUUCCAUUUCUGGGGUUUCUUGAUCUGCAAGGUAAUAGGAAGACUAUGAAGGUUUGCACGGAGAGGCUGUUAAGGGUUUUCCGUGGGUUCAUUGAUGCUAAGAUUGCAGAAAUUUUUUCGCAGAAUAACCCUAAAGAUGUUUCAAACAACGAUUUCGUAGACAACCUUCUCGAUUUCAAAGGAGAUGAAACAGAACUCAACAUUAGCGAUAUUGAACACCUUCUCUUGGAUAUGUUUACAGCUGGCACAGAUACAAGCUCUAGUACCCUAGAGUGGGCAAUGGCAGAGUUACUUAGAAACCCUAAAACGAUGGUGAAAGCUCAGGCUGAGAUCGAUCGAGUGAUGGGCCAAAAGGGUAUCGUUAAAGAGUCAGAUAUCUUAGAACUGCCGUAUUUACAAGCAGUUGUGAAGGAAACUUUCCGGUUACAUCCGCCUGCUCCGCUUCUUAUCCCGCGAAAAGCUGAAUCCGAUGUGGAGAUUCUUGGGUUCAUGGUGCUUAAAAAUACUCAGGUUCUAGUGAACGUCUGGGCCAUAGGACGAGACUCGAGCGUGUGGGAUAAUCCAACCCGGUUCGAGCCAGAGAGGUUUUUGGGGAAAGAAAUCGACGUGAGAGGUAAAGAUUAUGAGCUUACACCAUUUGGAGCAGGACGGAGAAUUUGUCCGGGAUUUCCAUUGGCUGUGAAAACAGUGUCUCUAAUGCUCGCUUCUCUUCUUUAUUCCUUUGACUGGAAGCUUCCGAACGGUGUCGAUUCUGAGGACUUGGACAUGGACGAGACCUUUGGUAUCACAUUCCCGUUACAUGCCGUUCCCGUCAAGAAACAUUAAUUAUCCAUUGUAAUACUUCC